AAGCUGCAAAUAGCAGCUUCCAAAAACAGCUUAUUUUCAAAAACACGGGUGAACAGUGUGCGUUUAAUGAAAUUUUCAAUAACCCAAAAUUGCCCUCCUUCAGCUCUCGCCUUCAACGCUCUCGCAUACCUGAACCAGGAAAACACUCUCUCGUUCUCUCGUUCUCCAGGUUUCUCCAGUUCUCUCAUUCUCCAGGUUUCUCCAGGUUCAUUUGGUAAGCUUCUCUUGUAAAAAUUUGUUAUUUAUUUGUUUGGAUUUUUCAAUUUGGGGAUGGGAGAUUGAGAGGGAAAGAGGGGUGGGAAGAGCAAAGGGAUGAGGGUAUGGGUGUCGGGAAAAACAAUUGGGGAUGGAGGGUGAGGAAAAAAUUAAUUGGGGAAGGUGAUAUGGUUUGUGGAAAAAACGAGUCGAUCCGGGAAAAAUUCUCUUGGAAAAAAUUCAUGUCCACGGCGACAUGAAGCAAGUCCCGUCGGAGGUGAUCGAGUCGAUCCGGAAAAACAAGGUGUGCUUGAAGGGCGGGCUGAAGACUCCGAUGGGCGGCGGCGUGAGCUCGCUCAACGUGCAGCUGAGAAAAGAGCUCGACCUGUACGCUUCGCUAGUAAACUGCUUCAACCUACCCAGCCUCCCCACCCGCCACGAGAACGUGGACAUUGUCGAGAGAACACCGAGGGCAAAUACGCCGGGCUCGAGCACGAGGUCGUCCCUGGCGUCGUUGAGAGCCUCAAGUGAUCACCAAGUUCUGCUCGGAGCAAAUUGCCAAGUACGCUUUCGAGUAUGCCUAUUUGAACAACAGGAAGAAGGUGACUGCUGUGCACAAAGCCAACAUUAUGAAGCUAGCUGAUGGGUUGUUCUUGGAGUCCUGCAGAGAGGUUGCUACAAAGUACCCAAGUAUUAAUUACAAUGAAAUCAUUGUGGACAAUUGCUGUAUGCAAAUUAUUUCGUAGCCCGAGCAAUUUGAUGUGAUGGUAAUGCACUUCAGCUGAGAAUUCUGUUUUGUGAAUAUGGUUUUUAUAUGUGGAGUGUGGAUCUGUUCGUGGCAUGGUUAAAGUUUUAUUUUUAGUUAAUGCAUUGGAAUAGACUUGCUGCCUAGAUGGGGCGGCUGCCAAGUAAUUUAAUUUU